AAAAAAUUAAUUUAAUCAAUGUGAAUGUGAUCACGAUUAUUUUCUCAUUGCAUACGAACGAUAAGUAAUUAACAAUUAAAAAUAUUACUUACGUACUCACAAUAAAAGUAACACAAUUAUACGAUUUAAUACAUUUAAAGAAUUAAAAGGAUACACUUUUGUAAUGAAAUGUAAUCUUUUUUGAAUCUUAUACAUCAAAUUUAUAACGUACAACAAACACGAGUGACACUUUUUUUGAAUCGCGAACGAUGGGAACAACGAAUUAGAAUAUAACUGCGCGCGACGAAAUUUCAAUUAACCAAUGAAAGUAAUGGCGGCAAUUGUAAAAUUUAAAAGAAUCUAGAUUAAUCUGUUUAUCUUAUUUUACCUUUCAUUUAAUUUUAUUUAAUUUUAUUUUAUGUUAUAAUUAUUCGUUCAAUUUAGAUAUGAAUGAACAAUUCAAUAUUGUUUAACAUCGUUUAUACAGAUAUAACACAAGUUUUAUACAUGUUUACGAUAAAUAUUUUAUACGCUUGUCAUUUGUUAAAAAAUUUUAAUUUUUAUUGGUUCGCGUUGCUUUGCAACAAAUACCGUGCAAUACGAUAUGCGAACCCCAUUACAAACGCGGCGGGUUCCUCAUUCACUCGUAAUUUUUAAUCAUCAUCCCGCGAUUUUUUUUUUGUGAUAAAUUAAACUGUUUUUCGUUAAAAAAAAAAAAAAUAAUACUUCGAUAACCUCUUUGGUACACAGUGUUAUAGUUUUAUUAAAUUAAAUUUCAAUCAUGCAUCAAUCCACUCGAAACGAUAUCCAAGGAAGAAAUUUUCUGUUUGAACGAUCAGAUUUGAAUCGACGAACUCCCACGAUACUAUUUGAAAAAUGGGAAUUCGAGCAAGUAAAUCGUUCCAAUUCGUCGACAAAUUUUUUGUCACAGUUCAAUUUAUCUCAUAAACAAACGAUUGAAAAUAUGUCCGACUCGUUUUAUACCCCACCGAUGGAAAAGAAAAGUAUACCAACGCCGAAAGCGCCAGUGAAGUACAAAAAACAACCUAAGAAGGGAGAUUUAAAGCCAAAAAAGUUGUAUUACACCGAUGAUGAAUUAGACGCUUCAAAUACUAUAGAUAGCGGAAUUCAUAUCCCAUUUGACGAAUCAAAUAAUAGUUUGUUUCACAAACACACAACUAGAUGCAAUAGAUUCGAUUCUUCGCAAAAGCAAAUACGUAGAUUACGCGCCAAAUUAGACAGGAUUAAAGUACAAACGAACGACAAAGAAAACGAUAGAAAUGUAUUAGGAAACAGAUCUGUGAACGUAGUGAACAACAGAAACAAUGUAGCACAAGAAUCUUCUGUAGUAUUCAAUCCAAGUGCAGAAGGAUUAUUUCAAUAUGAUUUUAAUUGGAAAGAAAAAUUAUACUGGUUACAACCUAAGAGGGAUAUUGGUUUAUGGAUUGAAUGCUGUAGAAAAAAUUGUAAAAAAUGGAGAUACGUUGAAGAGUAUCAUGAUCCAUUAAAUGUACCCAAAAUAUGGUAUUGUGAAAUGAAUUAUGAUAAAUCAAUGGCAUCUUGUAACAUACCAGAACAUCCUAACUCAUUUGCCAUAAAAUCUAAUUUAAUUGAAAAUGCUUAUAAUGCAGGUAGUAUUGUUUGGGCACAUAUGAAAGGUUUUCCAUGGUGGCCUGGAAUAAUAAACGAUUGUCCUGAUACUUUUACAUAUUAUAAAUUGCCUAAAAACUCUCUUAUACCUAUUAAAUAUUACGUUACAUUCUUUAAUGAAGAAAAACUUGAAUGUGCUUGGAUUCAUAAACAAAGUCUUAAACCAUUUGCAAUAUAUAAAUAUGAUCAAUUAAUUAAAAAGACCAAAUUCCAUGGAAUAAAUUACAAACAAUCCUUAAAAAAAGCAUAUAAAAUAGCUACGAAUGCUCUUUCAUUAUCAAUAUUAGAAAGGUUAAGAGAAUUCAGUUUUUUGCCACAGUAUGAAAAAUUUUAUGAUAUUAAUAAUAAUUCAAAUCAAUUAAUCAAUAAUACCACAAAAAGGAAAGUUUUAUUAGAAAUGGAUACAAAUUCAGAUAAUGAAAUACCCUGUACAAAUCCCAUAAAAAAGCAAUAUACGUUGAAAGAAUAUUAUUUAAGAAUAAUAUGUAAAAAUCAAGAGAUAUAAAAAUAAUACUUUU